AUGGGCAACGCAGACAUCCGGGCUAUCGAGCCUGCGAUAAGCUGUGACAGCAAUCCCGCACUAGACGAGCAACCACAAAGCAGUCAUUAUCAGGACGUACCGGAGAAGGUACCGGGACGAAAGGAACGUCGCAAGGACAAUCGGGUCGUGUCGUUUCAGCUACCACAAUCUGCUGACGGUGCGAAUUUGGGCCGCGUUGGACGGUGGUACCAUGAAACAUUAGCACAUCGCAGUUACAUCGUCCGGCUGCACGGUGUUGUCGUGAGGGUCGCGAAUGUACUGCGCACCUUACGGCAAAACUACAGGAAAAACGGUACUCACCGGAUACGGCCACUAGCACGCAUAUCCCGAAGACGGUGGCACCAAACGACAUUGGACAGUGAGACACAGCUGCUGAAGAGCUGUUGGCCGGUACCGCAAACCGAACGCCUGUUUCUACCCACAUUUCCGGUGGAUGAGCGUCGCUCCGAGCGUUACGUUGAGCGGUCCCAUCUCGCGGAUGGUGCAUUCGGUCGGGUGUACCGCGUACAGGACGCGUGUCAUAAUGCGACUGUAGACGCCAGUCCCCAUUGGUACGCUUUGAAGAUUUUACAAAAAUCCAACAUCGUUCUGUCCGAUUCAGCUGGACAGGUAAGGGACGAAGUCAAGAUACAGACAAUCUGUGGACAUCAUCCCUUUAUAGUACCCUGUGUCGAUUAUUGGCAAAAUCGUACCAGCAUAUUUUUGUUGUGCGAAUUCUACAGCAAUGGAGAAAUAUUUCACCGUCUAAAGUCCUUCACUGUUCAGUUGGUUCAGUUAUAUGUGGCGGAGCUAGCCUUAGCCCUUGAUUUCCUCCACAACGCUGGUAUCAUCUACCGUGAUUUGAAGCCGGAAAACAUACUACUUGAUGAUCAGUUUCACAUCAAACUGAUUGACUUCGGGCUCAGCAAGUGGCUUAGCAUUGGCGAUCGAACUACAACGCUCUGCGGCACGAUACAGUAUAUGGCACCGGAAAUUCUGCAAGGCGAACCGUACGGACACACCGUCGACUGGUGGGCCCUCGGGGUAUUGGCGUGCCGGAUGUACACCGGACGGUACCCGAACAUGGACCCGGCCGAGUAUUUGCGGGCAACGGUUGCCGGGCUGGACACGCAUCCAGCAACGGCAACGCGCCCCUCGGCAUACGCUGCCACCGCAAUCAACCGGUCCACGGUGACGCGCCUGUUGCCGGAAUCGGUCGACCGGCUAGUGCCAGAAGGACGCGAUCUGCUGCAGCGCUUGCUCCAGCCAGACCCGAAAGAUCGGAUACGGUCGCUGCUGCAGCUGCAGCGUAUCGCCCUCUAUCAGCACUAUCGGUGGGAUGCUGUACGCCAUAUGAAGAUUCGACCGCGAGAUCUGUUCGACGAGGAGUGCCUAACAGAAAUGGAAGAUAUCGCAUUUCCGGAGUUCUGA